AUUGGCAGGUCGUGACACACCUACACAGCCCUCAAUCGUUUUUAAAUGCAUCAGUUUGGUGCAUGUGGGCUUAUUGGACAAUAGUGAGGGACUCGCUUUUGGACUUGAAGCUUGCUCUCAACAAUGGCGGUGUCCAUGCGUCGCUCGAAGCUGAAGGCCGAGGAGGCAGCCUUGCUGGCCGGGGAGAUCAACAAGCCCUCGUGGGAGUCCAGGAACGAGGGCAUCCAUGAGAGGGUCACUUUUGAGGACUCUAUUUGGGGCUUCGAUUUAGCUGGCGGCGCAUAUUAUAAAACUCCGUUGAGGGUUACAUAUGUAAAACCCGACAGCAGAGCCGAGAAGGCUGGCAUCAGAGCCGGCGACCGACUGAAGAGGAUCAAUGACAUCGACACCUCCACGCUCACCAUCCAAGAAGCCCACGAGAUCAUUAUUGAGUCUGGAAUACACCUCAGAUUGGCUGUCACUGCACCUGAAGACGAAGAGGACUCUUACUUCUGUUACCAAGAUCCUCUUGCGGAUCCUUAUGACAGCGACGAGGAGAGACGAAGGGAGGAAGAAAACGCUAGAAAAAGACAAGUUCAUGCCAAAGUUAGUUCAUACUGGAGUCUCCAAUGGCCAUGGGUGAGCAAAAGAAGAGUUAUAUACCGCGAGUCCAACUGCUUCAUGGUUCCCAGCAAAUAUGAGGGUAAACACAGAGAUAAGUUCCCCGAGCAACCUGUACUAAGAUAUGAUAAUUCCGCACAAUUCAAUACGAUUACAUCAAAGCAAGACAGAAAACGCAUAGAUGUUACUCAAACUACUGAAACAAUUCAAGAGGACGGAGAAGAAGUUGUAGUUUCUCCUAUGGUUGAAACUAAAGAGGAAGUGUUUUAUGAAAAUGCUAACAAAAAUAAUAAUAAUAUAAAUGGUGAUUUAGGGAAAGUAUUUGGAAUAAAUGGUACCGUUGAGGAUCUAUCCGAAGAACAUGAGAAUUCAAAAGUUAUUAAUAGCCAAGAUGGGGGUUUGACAGAAAACGGAGGACAUAUUUUGGCAGAAAACGUUGUGAAUGAUGAAGAAGGUGCUGCAAAUGGCGAAGUUACAAAAGAUGAUGACGUAAUCAAUGAGGUUUUUAACAGUGGUAAAGCUGACGAAACUGAUGAUAGCGUUCUAGACAGCAUCUUAAGUGAUAGCGAAAAUAGUGAAAACCACAAAUCGAUCGAAAGAUAAGUUUCUGAUGUAGAUUUACCUAGUUAGUUUUAGACUAUUGUGAUAAAUAAAUGUGAUUGAUUUUGCUCAAUGUAAUUCCGAAAUGAUAGAAUGUGAUAGUAAUUUAGGUUUAUUUAGUUAUUGCUGUUAAAAUAGAGAUGCUAAUGUUCGUAAUGUAAAAGUAAUGUUAUGUUAUUUUAAAUAAAUUUAUUUUUAUGACAUUUA